GCCUCUUGCCUCUUAUUCUUAUAAACGUCAGUCAACUCUCGCAAGUCGCGUCGCUUAGUUCGAUUUCCGCGAACAAAUCAAAAUAUAAAUAAUAUAAUUUAAGUCAUCAUUAAAAAAUAAUAACAAUAACAACAAUUUGAACUAUUAAAUAAAAUUAAUGCUCCGAAAUUUGUGUCGAUAGCAACAGACAGUCGGUUCAAAAAGUCGAUAGUAAAUCUUUUGAUGUGAGAAAUGCGAAUGAUCCUCGUAUAGAUGUACAUAUAUAUUUAUAUAUAUAUAUAUAUAAGAUUGUUUUACGCCUGAGUUCUCAAUACACGGUGUUUUUCACCGUUCUCUUGAGCUUGUUAAUCUCCUUUCUCGCAAACCGUCAGUGUUAUUUAUGUAUUUGUGUGAGUAUAUAUGUGUAAAUACACAGGACAGUUUGCUGAUAUAUAAUAUAUAUGUACGAGUGUAACGAGUUGAGAGUAAAUAAGACUGAGUACAUUUUGUAAGUGUAUAUUAUAUUGCAGAGUGCACAGGUGGAGAGUGGAAAAUACUUAUAAAUAUGUAUAUAUAUAUAUUUAUACCAAAUGUGUUAAGGCAUAUUUUUAAAUAAAAGUUUUCUUUCUCUCACGGUUCAACGGAACAAAUAAAUAUAAAUUAAAUACUGUAAACAAACUCAAGAUUUAUCAUAUUUACUGUCUCAAGUUGUGCUCAUCAGUGUCGAUAUAUUUUAAUAUCAUGCGGGCUUUCGCUAAAUCAUUUCAAUAUUGUCCUUAAUAUCGCGAACUAAUCGGAGCUAAACUUUAAUUUUUGAAUUUAAUUCAAAUUAGGAACAUAAAUUUUGUUCAAAGUUAAGUUUUUGUGAAUGUUAAAUUUUUUUUUGGCGGCAGACUUAACGUAUGUAUAUAUGUAUAUAUUUGCAUAGAGUACGUGUGAGACGGAAAUGCGACGCAGAGCGUAAUAUAGCGAAAGACGAGGUCUUAAGAAAUUGGCAGAGAAGCUACGUCGGGUAGUGUAAUAUGUAAUAGUGUUGAGCAUGAGACGUUAGUUUAACUUUAAACGACAGUUCUGUCAGUGCAUAUUAAAUAUAUAUAUUAUAAUAUAAUGAUAAUGAUCAUAAUGAUGAAAGUUAAGUUGAGUUGAGUUGUGCUGACGGUAAAUGGUUUAGUUGACAAGUCCAAGGUAAAGCGAAGGGAAAAAUCUUAAAUACAUACUGGCUUUGGAGGUGACGUUACGUGGUUUGUGUUUUGUGAGAAUAAGACAAACGACGUAGACAGGAACUCGUUGGUGUGUAUUAUAUGCCAGUGACGACAGUGUGAUUGGUUUGGUAAGUUAAUAUAAGACGGUAGACGAUACGACUGACGAAUGUACGAAUGUACGACGUUGAAUCGUGAUUGGAAACAAAGAUUAGCCAAGACAACCGAGAGAUGUUUAAACUGUCAUCCGGUAGACAAGAAAGGGAGGCUUGGACUAAAGAUAUAAGGCUGCAGUUGAACGAGCAGCUGAGAUGUCUCGACGUGAGAAUGGAGUCCCAGGUGGCCCUGGUCGCCGAAUUGCAAGACUUCUUCCGCAGGAGAGCGGAACUCGAGCUCGAUUACAGCAAAUCCCUCGAUAAAAUGGCUAGAAGCAUACAGAUGAGACACAAGGAGCAGAAGCAAAAGAGGGAGCAAUGGCCACUGUUCUCAAGCUACGCAUGCUGGCAGCAACUUGUCAAUGAGACCAAAAAUCUUAGCCGUGAUCACGCCGCACUCUCUGAGGUCUACAGCACUCAUCUUGUGGGAAGACUUAAUCAGGUUAUCGAAGAUGUUCAGCGUAUAUACAGACGUUGUCGGGAAAUUGGAUACGAGACACAUGAAGAGAUCUUGAGGGUUCUUCACGAGCUUCAUACCACAAUGAAAACUUACCAUGCUUAUCAAGCAGAGUCACGACAAGCAGAGACUAAAUUACGUGUUGCCGAGCAGCAGCGCAGCAAACUUGAAGUCACAAAUGUACCGCCAGAGAAGCUUGCACGUAGCAAGAAGUACAAGCUCAUUGAGAAGGAAGUGACUAAGAGAAAGAACAAAUACACGGAGGCUAAACUCAAAGCACUCAAGGCUAGAAAUGAGUACAUUCUUUGUCUGGAGGCGUCCAAUACAACGAUACAUAAAUAUUUCGUUGACGACCUGUCGGAUCUUAUUGAUUGUAUGGACUUUGGCUUUCACAAUUGCAUCGCACGGGCAUUGUUGAUGCACUGCAGCGCGGAAGAGGGAAGGCAACGGUCGUUGCAAACGAGCGCCGAGCAGCUGACAAAUACUAUUAAUGCCUUAGAUUCACGUGCAGACAAACAGCGUUUUCUCGAGUCACACCAUGCUGCGUUUAUGAUCCCUAAGAAGUUUGAAUUCCAGUGCCAGCGGGGCGACGAAACUCCCGAGCCGGAGUUACAAAAAAUACUCCACUCCGAAAUGGAACAACGAUUAGGGCAGUUGCAGCAACGCGUGACCUCACUGAGAACCGAGUCCGAGGAAGUGUGGAAGACCUUAGAAACAGCUGAGGCCAGUCUUUUAGAAAUGCUUACUGCCAAGGACUAUGAUUGCUCGCGAUACUUUGGUGAAAAUUGCAUGCCAACGUCCAGGCCACCUGAGACUGUGCAGAUCAAAUUACGCGCCGACAGGCAGGAAACCGAAGAAUUUUAUCUUACGAAAUUUCGGGAAUACCUGCUAGGAACAUCGCGAAUAGCCAGACUCGACGCUAAACAAGAAUAUAUAAGACAAAGUCUUCAGGAUGGCUCGAAUGGAAGCCCAAAUCCGUCUAUCACGACGUCAAAACAGAAACAAGCCCGCAGAAAGAGAAUCGGACGACUGCAGAUGAACGGGCAGCCGAAAUUGUUUGGCGGUUCAUUGGAGGAGUAUCUCGAGAGCACAAAUUUAGAGAUUCCAUUAAUAAUGAAGAGUUGUAUUAGGGUAAUAAAUCUGUAUGGUCUUCAUCAUCAGGGGAUAUUCCGAGUAUCUGGCUCUCAAGUUGAGAUAAAUAACUUCAGAGAGUGGUUCGAACGGGGUGAGGAUCCACUCGCUGACGUGACAGACGCCUCGGAUAUUAACAGUGUCGCUGGGGUAUUAAAACUCUACUUGAGAGAAUUGCGUGAGCCCCUCUUCCCCAUUAUUUAUUUCGAGCAUCUAAUGGAACUGGCGCAGCUCGAGUCGAAACAUGAGUUUGUGUUGAAAAUGAAACAACUGAUAUCGAGCUUACCGAGGCCAGUUGUUAUAGUAAUGCGAUAUCUGUUUGCCUUUCUUAAUCAUCUCUCGGAAUUUUCGGAUGAAAACAUGAUGGACCCGUACAAUCUCGCUAUAUGUUUUGGCCCAACACUGGUACCAGUACCCGAGGACAAAGAUCAAGUUCAGUAUCAGAAUCAAGUUAAUGAGCUGAUUAAAAAUAUAAUAACACUGUGCGAAGAAAUAUUCCCCGAUGACAUCGGAGGUAUUCAGUAUGAAAAAUACAUCAGCAGAGAGCCCGACGACGUUGACGUUGGUGACUCUCCAACGGAUCAGGUUCAAGAGGAUAUGGACUCUGAAGUGUAUCCAUCAGAAGAUGAGUCAGAAAACUUGGAGGCAACAGCACAAUUUGAUUUCAUUGCGAGAUCUGAACGUGAAUUAAGCUUCAAGAAAGGCGAUACUCUGACACUUUAUAUGCAAGUAAGCUACGACUGGUGGCGCGGCUCCGUAGGCGGAAGAGAGGGUUUAAUUCCUGACAAAUAUAUCAUGCUCAAAAUAAAGGACGAAGAGCGAGACAAAGACCUACUGAAGUCAUCAAGCGAAGAGUCUAUGCGACGGAGAGCUUCGAGUUCCGCAGACAGCGCGCCAUCGAGCAACAACUCGCCGCUGAUGGCACCAACAAAUAAUCCGAACGCGUGGCCGACUGUCAACACGUCGGAUGUGAUAACAACAUCGUCUUCCGGUGGAUCCCAGCAGCAUCACUCUGACGUAAUCAAUACCAACAACACAUCCAUGAUCGGCAACAACGUAAUGCCGGGAACAGGAACGCCGAUGGCGAAUGCAGUAAAUGCCUGCAUAUCGUCAUCUCAAGCGAUCAUCAGUCGAGAGGAACAGACGUCAGUGAACCCGAGCAAAAUGAUCUCGAGUCCAGGAAACGAGAAAAUACAUCCCACGGAUCAGUUUCAACUACAGUCGAGCACGCCUAAUGACGAGAGUGAGAGCGUUAAUGAUUUCUUGGACUCCCUUUCUACGAUGAGCGAUCAGGCGAAUCUGGAUGACGUUGAUGAUCAGAAUCAAGACAACCAAAUUUCAUCAUUUAAUGCCGGUGGAUUACGGGGAUCAGGUCGUAAGCAAUGGAAAUCACAAACUAUUACUGAUAAUAAUACACAGCCAUCAAUACAAUUGAAUGAUAAUAAUAAUGAAAAUGAUGAUAAUAAUCAAGAGGCCACAACAUUUUCAGCAAACAGAGAACUCUGGCAGAAGCGAGCAAACUCUCAGACACAAUUAACCCCGCAAGUUCCACCGACAACACCCAAGAACUUCCGCGCUUCUCAAGAAUUCCGCGAGAUGCGUCAGAAGCACACGCCGGACCUCGUAAUGGAUUUACCACUGGCUGCGCAAGAUGCCAGCAAAAAGUCUGCGUCAUCCAGCAGCUUGAACAGUUCCGAUGAUGAAAACUCUCUUGUUCCUCCAACUCGCAACGGCUCGGAAAAAUCCCCGAGCAAUGGACCCGAGUCCCCGGACAUGAGCACCGCAGCCGAGCGGUUCGCGAAGCAGAACCAGUGUACGCUGAAAAAAAACACAAAGUCCGGGACAAAUGCCAACAACUCAACGGACACUGGCAGGAUAAAAAGUCUCGUGGGCACCGACGGCGAGAUUAAUGACCACGCUGGUAAUAUUAAGGACAAUAUUGUGAGAUCUGCAAGCAAUAACGAAAUAUCAUCAGACAACGUUCCGUUACGUUCCCCGCUACCUCCUCGCUCGACUCCGAUGAUUGCCGCAAAGUUCGCGGACAUGCGGCUCACUGGCGGCAGCCAACAGGUGUCUUCCUUCAAACCUCAGGUUAAGGUCAAGCCGACGAUUCUCCGCAAGCCCGUCGUUCCCUUUCCCCAUCCUCACAUGAGUCCCGAGCUCGCGAGAAAAAUCGAAAAACAAGUUCAGGGUACUGAUUAGUAGACUAGCUCAUGAUAUUUUUAAAGGCUUCCACAUUUUAUACCGCGACGAUAAUGAAUGAUUAAAAUAAUGAGUGAUAAUUUGUAUUUUAAAUAUUAUUGGAUGCUCGUUGAAUGGAUUUUUUAUCGUGAGAUCACAUGUUUUUAUUGAUGAAUUUUUAAAAUAAGAUCGAACACCAUUUUAAAUAGUAGCAAGAUCUAGAGUUUUACUUUUUUUCUUAUUGCGGUUAUUUUAUACACUGACCAAUCCGCCCAGAUUAUCUUGCGAUACUAAAUAUAUGUCCGUAGAUUUUACUGCAUUAUUUCCCAAUGUUACUUUUUCUUUUUCCCUUUUGUUUUUUAUAAUCACUAGUGUAAAAAAUACACAGUUGUAUUAUUUUUUUACCAAAUGAACUAAAAACGAUAUUUUCUAGUCGUAUUUCACUGUAUUGACCCUUAAAAAAAUAUUCGUAAAUUACAUCGAAGUAAAAAAUAAAAACCACAUUUUUAUUAUUUUAUAUUAAUAAAUAAAAAUAAUUUAAGCUUAACACAACUUAUAUAUUUUACUGAAAUAUUUUUUAAGUCUGUCGUAAAAAAAAUAAAUUCUACCAGCAUCAAAACUAACGCACAUGAGAAUUAAACCUAUGUCCAUCAAAGCGUUAAAGCAUGUGCGUAAUAAUUUUUUUACGGCUUUGCAUUUUUUGUUUUUAAUUAAUUUUAAUGAUAAUAAUCAUAAAUAUAUAUAUAAAUAUAAUAAUAAAUGGUGCCCAAUAAUAGCAGACUAGUAUCUCAUAUUAAUAAUAUAUAAUAAUAAUGUAAUCUAUCUUAUUUAUAAAGUAUACGACCAGCCGAUGUUCGAUAUAUAUAUUUAUAUAUCUAUAUAUUCAUUAUUAUUAUUAUUAACUAUAAUUAUAAUUAUAAAUGAAUGUAGCAAUUGUAAUUGAGACAAAUCUCAUCGAGACUGGGUGAUAGCCGAUUGGCAAAAACCGUACUAGUUUGUAGCCACUUCCCUUUUUUAAAAGCAAACGAAUAGACCACGAAAAUUUAAAAUAUUAAAUAAUUUUUUCUUAAUAUACAACUCGAUACUUUACAACGACUAGUUAACUCGUAUAAACUCAUACAUAAAUUCAAAUAUAUAUUUAAAUAAAAUCAUAUAUUAUUAUUACAUAUAACAUAUUACAAAACAUAUAUUCAUAUAACUAAAUAUCUACACUUAGUCAUUAAGAACAAAUAGUUUAUGAUAUUAAAUAUAUAUUAAGUGACAAAACAUAUAUUCUUUGAUAAAUGUUUCUUCGAGACAUUUUAGUAAACUCUUUUUGUAAACGAGAGUUUUAAUUAUUUAUAAACUGGUCCAUAUUAAAAAUAAUAAUAAUAAUAAUAAUAAAUAUAUUACUGUGACAUUUAUUAAUUGUAAUCAAUUACUAUAUUAAUUGGCUAUCGAUAGAUAAAAGGUUGUGUCUAAAACAUUUAAAAAAAACCCACCGCAAUAAUUAUUAUAAUGCGUAAUAAUAAACCAAAGCGUUACAAUAAAAAUAAAACCCCGCCGCUUAUUAUCCCCAAUAAAAAAAGUAUAAUUGUAUGAUAUAUAUUAAUGUUGGUCUUACAAAAUACCACAUGUAUUUGUUUUUUAAAAUUGUUUUAUUUAAUAUUAAUCAUUAAUUAUUAAUUAUCAUUAACGUAAUUAGUUUAUAAAUAUUGAAUUUAAGACAUUAAUUAUCUGUAUAAAACUAAAGAGUAAAAAAAUGAUUUUAUACUUUGAGUGACGAAAUGAAUUAAUGAUUGUUUAUAAUUAUAAACUAAAUUAAUUUGUCAUUUUAAAUAUUAUUGAAUUGAAUAUUAUAUAAUUGAUAUUGAUAAUUGGAGCAAAUAUAUGAAAAAAACGAAUUAUAUCUCAAAGGGCUUUUAAUACUAAUGUUAAAAACAAAGG